CCUUUCAUUACACAUUCCCUUCAAGCUCACAGACAAAUCACACAAGUAGCAUAUAACUCUGUCUCUCUAACUGUCGCCCCUUCUCUCUCUCUGCCCUCCCCCCUUCUCUCCUUCUCCCCUUCUCCCCUGUAGUCGUACUACGGUUUCUUACUUUUAACUCCUUGACACACCGCACGCUUCCACGAGACAGCCACACAGCUGUCAUUUCAUUGUAGGCCUACAUCUUCCUAAAUUAGGUGUUCGCUGCGGACGUGAUACUAGAUACCGGGAAGAGGACUGUGAUCAGAUUUGUAGCACUCGUGUCGCUGUCACAAGAGCCAGCGCCACCAAGCUUUCUCAUUUUCGGUGGCAGUGGAAACCCGAGCUCCAUAUUUAAAGAUGCAUGAGACGUCUUGAGCAACGGAGAACAGAGAUGGAGGCUCCGCCAGAGAAAGUGAUUGUGUGUCAGAGAGAGUGAAAACGAGGGAAGGGCAAUGCUCAUUCAGGUGACAGUAAAGUUGCCAGUGGUAGUGAGGGCCCGAGUCGAAGCAGAGUACAGCUUUGGGGCUGUUCACUCUGUGUGCGUGCAUGUGCAUGUGUGUUUGUGUGCAUGAAGGGCAGGUGGGGGGCCUCCACCUGCUGAAUGAACACCGUCAGCGUAGGGCAAUACCAUGGGCUACGGGUGGGCUCUUCCCUGCUGAGCAUUGUGGCGGGCUGCAUCCUCAUUGGGGUAUCCAGGGACUGUGACGCUGAUGCCGUCGGAGGCAUCUUCCUGGGAGCGGGCAGCCUCGGCCUGCUCAUAUCGAUCUUCCCCUUCGUAAAAGCCUGGCUCAACAUCAACCAUAUUCUCCCUUCCUUUGGAAACUUCAGAGUGCAGCCAACACCUGCCAAUCCCGCUCCAGAUCAACCCGUGGAGAUACUAAGAAGAGAAGGAACCCAGAGUCAACUGAAUCUGGAGCGUUCAAAGAGUCGAAUGGGAACCUUUGUGGAGGGCGGGCCGACGGCUGAGACCAACCCAGAUGAGGGGACAUCCUCAGACAUGCCAGACGUCUUAUCUCGACGGAAACUUAAGCUAUCACCUGCUGAUCAAGACCUGCCAUGAUGUCACCACAUGACCCCCUAACCCUAACCCUAUAUCAUUCAACUUCCCCACUAAUCUUCAUUAUCAGGUUUCUUUCAAAUGUGGAACAAAAAAAGAAGUGAUUUGAAGCUUUCUGGGUUUUUUUUCCUUUUCUGUAGAAUUGUUGUACCUGCUGAACUUGUAUUUAUGUGGUCUAAUAAACAUUUCCAAAUAUUCAA